AUGGACGAACAAGAAAAAAGUCAAAAUGCUGAAAAAGUGUUAUUGGCAAAGCACAGAAAAGAGAAUCGUGAUCUAAUUUCAACGAUUACAGGAUUGAAAAAGCAAGCAACGAAAAAAACAAGAAAAUCUAUACUAAACAGAUGUAAAGAUCUACAGGAAAACCUAAGAAAGAGACACGAAAUUGAGAUUGCACAGCAAAAACUUGUGGGAAAGGAAGACAAUGAAUCUCAUACUGAUAAUACUUCAAACAAUAUUGGGACUUUAUUAGUUGGAAGCGAAAAUUUUUUAACCGAAAAAGUAUCGAACAACAAAAAUAAAAUCAAAGAGAAUAGUAAAGAUCCUAAAAAUAUUUUCCGUGGCACUGUAUCAACAGAGUUUCGAAAAGGAUCAAAAAAGAACAGACAGAAAGAAAGAUUAAAUAAGAGGAAAGCAAAAAUUGAACAAAUAAAAACUGAAGCUCAGAAUGAAUCCCUGCUUGAAAUCAACUUUAGGCAGUUGGAGCAGGAAACGUUUAAAGAACUAUUGAAACUAAAUAAUCUUAGUGAGUUUGAGGUGCCAGCUGACGGAAACUGUUUAUUUGCUUCCAUUCAAGAUCAAUUGAAGGAAAGAUAUCACAUAGAAUCAAAUAUUGAACAGUUGCGCUCCGUUGCCUCUGAUGUGAUAGCAAAGGACCCUGAAACAUAUGCCCCAUAUUUAUUUGAUGAAGAAACUUUGAAAAUCAAAGACAUUAAUGAAUACUGCAAAAAGAUUAAAUUUGGCAAUUACUGGGGUAGCGAUCUAGAAAUUUUGGCAAUAAGCAAGUUUUACGGUAUUCCGAUUACUGUAAUUAUUGCCGGAGGCUCACCAAUCAAGUUUAACGAAAGUUUGAAAUCCGCCAUUAAGCCCGAUUUGAAGUUGGCAUUCUACCAACACUCAUAUGGACUAGGAGAACAUUACAACUCUCUACGGGACUACUAG